AAGGAGACCAGAGAACCUCAGUCAGCUUUAAACUCUCUGAAACAUGAUUCAAGACGUAAGAAAACAUUCAGCUGCUCAGAGUGUGGGAAAAGAUUUGGCUUCAAGCAAAGUCUGAAUAGACACAUGAGAACUCAUACAGGAGAAAACCCUUUCAGCUGCCCAUUCUGUACGAAAUCUUUUACACAGAGAGGAAAUUUAAAAUAUCACAUUAAACAACACACAGGAGAGAAACCUUUCAGCUGCCCAUUCUGUACGAAAUCUUUUACACAGAGAGGAAAUUUAAAAUAUCACAUUAAUCAACACACAGGAGAGAAGCCUUUCAGCUGCUCACUUUGUGAUAAAAGAUUUGUCCAGAACGUACAUCUGAAGAGACACAUGAUGACCCACACAGGAGAGAGAGAGUUCAGCUGCUCAGUCUGUAAGAAAACUUUUACACAUAGUUGGAGUUUACGGCCACACAUGAGAAUCCACACAGGAGAAAAACCUUUCAGCUGCUCAGUCUGCAAGAAAUCUUUUACACAGAGUGCACAUUUACGUUCACACAUGGCAGUCCACACAGGAGAGAAAAGAUUCAGCUGCAGUGUUUGUAACAAAAGAUUUUCCUGGCAUUUUGAAGUCAAAACACAUAAAUGCGUUGGUCCUGGCUUAGAAGCGCUUUACCGCCACCGUGUGGCCUGGAGUGUCUCACCUCUCUCACUCGAGAGCGGCUGA